AACAACUAUAUACUUCCUAUUCAUAUCUAGCUUGUUCUUUCUUGGACAAGACCACUCAAUACUCAUUCCUCUUAUCUCUCAUAUCUCAAUGACUCCAAAUUAUCUCAAUCCACCAUCUCCUUUGCCCUUUGUAGAGGCAAAUCAAAGCCAAGAUCUGCUACUCUGCACACCAACCUCCCAGACUUCCUCAUCUUCAUCUGACAUAUUCUUUAGCCAAACACAUGAUCAAAAGCCACUGCUACAUGAACACGAGGCUGACGCACCAUUUUCGACUGCUGGGACUAGUGAUCAUCACUGUCUUGUAUCACCACCACUUCCAAUUGUCAAAGACAGCGAUGAAUAUAGCCUCGAACCAUCGAUGUACAAGCAUGAUGACCGUGGACAAUGUGAUAGUGGCCCAAUUAGGUGGAUGUCAUCGAAGAUGAGGCUGAUGAGGAAGAUGAUGAAUUCUGAUGGAAUGGUUGCGAAAAAACACAUUAGUAGUGCACAUACAUCUCAGAAUGAGCUGCGAUCUCCACUUUGUGAUGGUGAUAACAACAACAACAACAACAGCUGCAGCAGCUAUGGCAAUUCAUCCACCCAUCUGAUCAGAAUCUGUGCUGAUUGUAAUACAACCAAGACUCCUCUAUGGAGGAGUGGACCACAAGGACCCAAGUCACUUUGUAACGCCUGUGGAAUUCGACAAAGGAAGGCUAGGAGGGCAAUGGCAGCGGCAGCGGCAGCUGCAGGAAAUGGUGGAGUGAUGGUAGCUGAUAUAUCGUCGGUGACUAGUAAAGUGCGAAAAGAGAAGGGAUCCGACUGCACAGCUCAACACAGGAAACGAUGCAAGUUGGUGGGACCUCGCACAAAGAAGAAGCUUCGAUUCGAUGAUUUCAGGAUAAGUUUGAGCAAGAAUUCAGCAUUUCAUCAGGUGUUCCCACAAGACGAAAAGGAAGCUGCCAUCUUAUUAAUGGCGCUCUCCUGCGGCCUUGUUAACGGUUGAUUUUCUUCUCUUUUUUUCUUUCUUCUUCUUCUUUUUUUUCAACUUACUAUCUGUUUUCUUGUCAGUGUGGUGACUUUGUGUUGUGGAGAGAGAGAGAGA